AUGUUUAAAGUGAGGAAUGUUAUUCGAGGCGCACGCCAGUUUUCUUAUUCUGUGAUAGCAAAAGUGAAAUGUGCAUCGUGUUCCAUUAGAUUACAGGAUCAAGAUUCAAGCAAACCAGGAUACUAUACGAAGCCAAAAAAUCUACCUGAUUCAAAAUCGAACCUAGGAAUUCAAGAGCUGAAGUAUAUACUAUUCAGCCAGGACAUUCAACUCUCGAAGCAGGCAGUUCAACAUGGUCGAGAUCGCAGGUGUCUCGAUGAUAUCGAAAAUACAAAAAAGGAAUUGCCAUCAAGAGUAAUUUGCAAAAGGUGCAGUGAUGCCGUCCAUCAUAAUCAUUACAAGGUUGAAGAAUUUCCUGAGAGCAAACUAGAUGAUGUUUUGAGCUAUGUUCCUAAAGGCUCAAAUAUCAUGCAUAUUGUCCCCAUCGUAGAAUUUCCGUUACAUUUGAAUCCUAACAUUUUGAAAAGAAAUGAUUUAGAUACUACACUAGUGUUGACGAAAAGCGAUCAACUUUUCAAAAGCAAAAACACUGCUAUCAAAAAAGUCCCUAUAUUCAUGAAGCAAUUUCUAAAAUAUACUUUAAGGAUUGAUUCAAAUAAAACAUUCGCCAUAUCUGCGCUGAAAAACUGGAACAUUUCAAUGUUUUAUAACUACUUUAAAAACUAUACAUAUCUACUAGGCAACCCUAAUGUUGGUAAAUCUACCUUGAUCAAUACUCUUCUACAAAAAUAUCUGGGAUAUAAGGUUCAGAUUGAUCCUACUGGGAAAGUCUGCUCUCCUUCGAGAGAAGUGAUACAAGAGGCUCUUACUAGUCCCAAGGAUUUUUUCAAGAUUCAAGCGGCUGGUGUAUCGCAUAUUCCCAAUCUAACAAGAUCCGUACAAGCCUAUCAGGUAGAAAAUAAGACUCUAUUUGAUUUGCCAGGCUAUUCAAGUGCCCCGACUGAAUUAAGAUUAGAAGAAGUAAUUGAUGAGAAUUGGCUCCAAAGAUUACGAAAAACAGAUUUAUUUAAUCAUAGGCAUAUGAAAAAAAAAAAUUACGAAUCUAUGAAGGGCACUUCACGGGGGGGGUGUUAUACUGUGGGAGGAAUUUUCUACUUGAUACCUCCCAAAGGAUCCAUAAACCAAAUAGUAAAAUACAUACCAGGCCAAUCAACAACAUUUAAGAAUAUUGAAAAAGGAAUUGACACAUUCAAGUCGUGUAUAUCAUCAACAGGUACACAUCCACUAUCACAAUAUUGUGGAAUCAAAAGCAUAAUGUGCGACAAAGAUCAAUACAAAAGAUAUGCGAUUCCUCCGUUCAUCGGAAGUAUAGAAAUUGUCCUAAAGGAUGUAGGGUAUCUUUUGUUACGAACAACAGGGAAAUAUGAGUUUAAAGGGCUUCAUGAAAUAUGGGUACCGCGGAGUAUCAAAGUGGGCAUCAGAGAACCACUAGAAAACUUAAUUGAAUCUGGUUACCAACACUAUAUUGAAACACAUGGCAGAGAACCAAGCUGUCCUAGGGACAGGCCCAUCGUCAGUUCCCUGUACGAAGUGGCCAAAGAUGAAACAGAUGUUCUAAAUGCGGUAAAGCAAUUAUACUUAGAAAAAACAAAGAGGGAUUUAUCCGCUAGAAGAUUUGCAGAUGAUGAUCCUUAUGAUGUAGUUAAAGACCUAGAAAGAAAGAAAAAUCCAUAUUGGUAUUACCAGUGGUAA